CCACGGCCACGGCCCGGCCCCGGCCCCGCGGCCCGGCCAUGGCCACCAGGAAGGCGGGCUCGCGGCUGGAGACGGAGAUCGAGCGGUGCCGCUCGGAGUGCCAGUGGGAGCGGAUCCCCGAGCUCGUCAAGCAGCUCUCGGCCAAGCUCAUCGCGAACGAUGACAUGGCAGAGCUUCUCCUUGGGGAGUCCAAACUAGAACAAUUUUUGAAGGAAAAUACUCUUAAACAGAGUAGUAGUCCGGGCCCCCAGCCAAAGCUGACUGAGGUCAGGAAACAUCUCACGGCGGCUCUUGAUAGGGGAAAUCUAAAGCCAGAAUUCCUACAAGAAGCUAACCUAAUUAUGGCCAAAUUAAACUAUGUGGAAGGUGAUUACAAAGAAGCUCUGAACACAUAUGCCAGAGUUGGCGUUGAUGACUUGCAGCUCACGGCAGUGCCACCGUACAGGCUACGGAUGAUUGCUGAAGCAUAUUCUACAAAAGGUCUUUGUCUUGAGAAGUUGCCAAUUUCUUCCUCAGCUAGCAAUCUCCACGUGGACCGUGAACAAGAAAUUGUUACAUGCUACGAGAAGGCUGGAGAUAUUGCUCUCCUGUACCUUCAGGAGAUAGAAAGGGUAAUUAAUGCCAAUAUACAAAACAGAAGCCCUAAGCCAGGGCCCACUGCACAUGAACAAGAGCUUGGUUUUUUCAUGGAAACAGGACUGCAAAGAGCACAUGUUUUAUAUUUCAAGAAUGGGAACUUGACGAGAGGAGUUGGUAGAUUUAGAGAGUUACUAAGAGCUGUUGAAACAAGAACUACACAAAACCUGCGAAUGACGAUAGCAAGACAACUCGCAGAAAUUUUGUUGCGAGGUAUGUGUGAACAGAGUUAUUGGAAUCCACUGGAAGAUCCUCCUCACCAGUCACCCCUAGAUGAUCCACUUCGAAAAGGUUCAAAUACUAAGAAUUAUGCACUCAGCAGAAGACCACGUGUAUACACUGGAGAAAACAUCUUCUGUCCUCAAGAAAAUACAGAAGAAGCCUUACUGUUGCUGCUUAUUAGUGAAUCUAUGGCUAACCGUGAUGCUGUACUGAGCAGAAUACCUGAACACAAAAAUGAUCGAAUCAUCAGCUUGCAAAGUGCAUCUGUCGUCUAUGAUUUACUUACUAUAGCCUUGGGAAGAAGAGGCCAGUAUGAAAUGCUCUCAGAGUGUUUAGAAAGAGCCAUGAAGUUUGCAUUCGAGGAGUUCCAUCUCUGGUAUCAAUUUGCAUUGUCCUUGAUGGCAGCAGGAAAAUCUGCUCGAGCUGUUAAAGUCUUGAAGGAAUGUAUACGUUUGAAACCAGAUGAUGCAACUAUUCCACUCCUUGCUGCAAAGCUCUGUAUGGGAUCUCUCCACUGGUUGGAAGAAGCUGAAAGAUUUGCCAAGGCAGUUGUUGAUCUUGGGGACAAAACAUCAGAGUUCAAAGCAAAAGGCUACUUGGCACUGGGAUUGACUUACAGUCUGCAGGCCACUGAUGCAUCUUUGCGAGGGAUGCAAGAGGUCUUGCAGAGAAAGGCUCUUCUUGCAUUUCAGAGGGCUCACAGUUUGUCUCCAACCGAUCAUCUGGCAGCAUUUUACUUGGCACUGCAGCUUGCCAUAUCCAGACAGAUACCAGAAGCUUUGGGUUAUGUUCGUCAGGCUCUGCAGCUACAAGGAGAUGAUGCCAACUCUCUUCAUCUCCUUGCACUCUUACUAUCAGCUCAGAAACAUUAUCAUGAUGCUUUGAAUAUCAUUGAUAUGGCCUUGAGUGAAUAUCCAGAAAAUUUUAUAUUACUGUUUACAAAAGUCAAAUUGGAGUCUCUGUGCAGAGGCCCAGAUGAAGCACUCCUUACAUGUAAACACAUGCUCCAGAUUUGGAAAUCCUGCUACAAUCUCACUAACCCAAGUGACUCCGGCCGUGGGAGCAGCCUGUUAGACAGAGCGAUUGCUGACAGACGACAGCUUAAUACAAUUACAUUACCAGAUUUCAGUGAUCCUGAAACAGGUUCAGUCCAUGCCACAUCAAUAGCAGCUUCCAGAGUGGAGCAAGCAUUGUCUGAGGUUGCUUCAUCUCUGCAAAGCAGUGCCCCUAAACAAGGUCCCCUGCAUCCUUGGAUGACUCUGGCUCAAAUAUGGCUUCAUGCAGCUGAAGUCUACAUAGGGAUUGGGAAGCCUGCUGAGGCCACGGCGUGUACCCAGGAAGCUGCUAAUCUCUUUCCAAUGUCCCACUAUGUUCUCUACAUGAGAGGUCAAGUGUCUGAACUUCGUGGAAAUAUUGAUGAAGCCAAACGCUGGUAUGAAGAGGCCUUAUCUAUUAGUCCUACCCACGUGAAAAGCAUGCAGAGGCUGGCUCUGAUACUUCACCAGCUUGGGCGCUAUAGCUUGGCAGAGAAGAUUCUCAGAGAUGCCGUCCAGGUCAACUCUACAGCCCACGAGGUCUGGAACAGCCUGGGAGAGGUGCUGCAGGCUCAAGGCAAUGAUGAUGCUGCGACCGAAUGCUUCCUGACGGCACUGGAGCUUGAAGCGAGCAGUCCUGUGGUUCCUUUUACCAUCAUUCCCCGAGUCCUUUGACAGGGCAUCCUGAUCAACAGAUUUUUGGUCUGACUUCUGGGUGAGGAGACCCAGUGUAUCAGACUGCCUGGUAACUGGUUAGUGUGAGAAACUUUAGAGCUACAGGUCUUUGGCAGGCAAGCGGCCAAAACAGCGAGGUGACACAACUCGUUAAUGUUGGACUGAGAGGACGGAACGGUGAAGCCAGAGCCAAAUCACUCAUAUCGCCUGCGUUUUUGCCCUGGUAGUUUUAAAACAUCAUUAUAUUGUUCAUGGAUGAUGUGCCAUAUUUUGUUAGUGAUACUUGAGUGUUACAUAAAAUUAUAAUGGAAUCAACUACCAAUUGUAGAGUAAGUUAAAAUUCAGUGGCAGAGCAGACUAUUUUUAACAAGGCUCUUAAUAAAACUGUUCUCUUCCUGCCUCUCAACCUCUUUUGGCCCAAAGUCAAAAUGUGAAUUUUCUGUUUCCAUCUCUAUUUUAGUCCAGGCCAGAAAAUCAGUUGAGUUCUUGGUUUUAGUUGUUAAUAACUGUGACGUGUGGCUAACUGUUACCUAGAGCAAAGGCUGAGUACAAGAAUAUUUAUAUUUUACCAAUGUAUGCCUGUUACAAAAAAAUAUAUUAGUUAUUUAAGUUUAACUUUUUUAUGUGAAUUCAGAGUUUAUUUAUCAAUGGAAAUAUGUAAAAAGAAGCCUCAAAUGGAAUAUUUACCGACAUUCCUUAUACAUGACCCACACUUGGCUAAAUGGGAAGAUUAUGUUAAUAAUAAAAUGAUUUUUAAAUGGAA